CGGCUCUUUGAGCCGGUUCGUUCGCGACCAACACAUCACUACAGCACACAGAGAAGUGCGUGCGAAUGUGAAGAAAGAUAAGUAAACAGUUAGCUUGUUAAUAACGGGAUAACAUGGACCCACAGAAAGAUGCUCAACCGCCUAAACAGCAACCUAUGAUCUACAUAUGCGGAGAAUGUCACACUGAAAAUGAAAUUAAGGCCCGUGAUCCAAUCCGAUGCAGAGAGUGCGGUUACAGGAUCAUGUACAAGAAGAGAACAAAGAGAUUGGUUGUCUUUGAUGCCCGCUGAAGAAGAGAAGAGCAGCCCUUUUGAUUUUCUCUCAUGUGUACUGUUUUUUUUUUUUUUUUAACAUUGUAAAUAAUUACACUGACGACUCCAUGGGAUCUGACCUCCAGUCCUGGCUUCAGAUCUCUGCAUUUUGGUUAAAGCUCAGCAUUUUCAUUGCCACACAAAGUGUACUGUUCAGUAAUAAAUGAAAGGUUUCUGUUUAUUAAAAAAAUAUUUUCAAUGAC